GUGGCCUGGACGGGGGCGGGCUCUCCGGGCACCCAUUGGCUACCGCCCCCCAACACCAGGGCUCCCCCCAUCUCCCCCGACAUCAGUCGGUCCCGCUUCCAGCUGCUGCAGCCGCGCCUUCACAGCCUCGGCGUCCAGCCGCCUCUGCUCCGGCCGGCAUGGCGACCCCGACUCAGGCCACCACAGAGGCUCCUCAGGAACCUGACCCAUUUUACUAUGAUUAUGACACUGUGCAGACCGUGGGCAUGACUCUGGCUACCAUAUUGUUCCUCCUGGGCAUUCUCAUCAUCCUCAGCAAGAAGGUGAAGUGCAGGAAGGCCGACUCCAGGUCUGAGAGCCCAACAUGCAAAUCCUGUAAGUCGGAGCUUCCAUCCUCAGCCCCUGGAGGUGGCGGCGUGUAAAACCAACCCGGGGCACCUCCACUGCUGUCCCUGCCUGAGUGCGGGAGCCUGAGGACCGGGUGGAGGCGGUGGGGACCCCAGCCUUGCGCCGGGGAGCGCUCCCCCAAUGAGCCCCACCCACCCACCCCGAGGCUGGAGCCGCUGCCCCCGCUGCCCCUCCCCAGGCAACGGCGAUCCCCUAAAGUGCCCGUCUGCACCCCAGAUCCAGGGCCUCAGGCCUCUAGCUCCUGGGGUCCGGGAGUCUCCCCAGCCCCCGGCAUCCCCGUGUGCUGCUCCCCGGCACCUCCUUGUCUCCUCUCCGAAGAUCCGGUCCCCUGCACCCUCGGUGUCCAUGUCUUGAGCUUAAUAAAUGGGCAUUUGGUUUUUCCCCCUG